AGCUUAUGUGCCGGAGCGGAGGCCAGACCUCAGAUAAGAAAUUGCAGAUCAUUAGAACUGCUUUGAAGAAAACGAAACGGGGUCACACGAGAGGAGGGACUGCGUUGCCCAACAGGGGCAUGGGAGAGAAGCUAAGGGAGCAGGUCACACAAGCCGUGAGAAGCAGAGCGGAGGACUGUGUCCUGCCGUAGGAAACAAUUGUGUUCGGGAACACCAGGCAGGCGUGCACGAGGCCAAAGGGAGGCCACGGCACGCAGGACCUCCUGGGCCAGGGCGAGCCUUCAGGCUUUAUUCAGAGCGCUUGGGGGCCCCACACUUGUGAGGGUUCACCCUGCCGUAAUUUGGACUGGGGUAGGCUGGGUUUUGGGGACCAGCAAGCGGCUCUAUGCUGGACAACAGCCUUAGGAGCUGUGAGGUGUUAAAAUUUUAGGGAUUGAAUGUUAUGGGAGGAGGAGGAGGUAGGGAGAAGGUAUUCCUUCAGUCUUGGACUGGCUAGGAGAUUGGCACCCAGGCCUCAAGCCUGCCAUCCCCCUCGGCCCUGGGGGCUUCCCCGCCCCGCUGUGUUUUCUGGCCAGGCUGCCCCUCAUGAAAGGCCAUGGACCCAGCUGGAACCUGCUGCCUGCCGCUGGGGGAGGGGUGUUUGCCCGUUGCCAGGCACCCGGGUUCUAUCCGGGCAUUUGGUGCCACCAUGCAGCUCGCACCGUCCUUCCUGCUCCUGCUGCCCCUGCUGGCCCUGCCAGCUCCCUCCCACGCCUGGUCUCGGCCCCUGUGGUACCAGGUGGGGCUGGACCUGCAGCCCUGGGGCUGCCAGCCCAACAGCCUGGAAGGUUGUGGGGGCAGCCUGGGCUGUCCUGGCCACUGGAUGGGCCUGGGGAUGAACCGCAUCUACCCUGUAGCCGGGGUCACGAUCACCACGACCAUGAUGCUGAUGUUGGGCCGAGCGGUGCUGCAGCGGCGGCGCUCCCAGGCUUCUAAGUCUGAGCAUCCACAGGUGACCACUAACCUCCCUGGACCCUGGAAAUGGCGGACCCCGAUCUCAGACCACGCCCUGCUCCUUGGUGUCCUGCACAUGCUGGAUUCCCUCCUGGUCCAUAUUGAGGGCCACCUGCAGCGUAUAUCCGCCCAACAGCAGACCCAAAUAAAGGGGACUUCCGCCCAGAGUGGGUGACCCAAUAUAUGCCUCUCUGCCUGUUGGCCAGUCGGAGUGGGGAUGGCCCGAGACUCUGGGCCAGGCUCAGGCCUGUGUGUGUGUCUUCUCCAGGCCUGCCUGGACCCUGUGUCCUCUUUCUUCCUCUGUAGCCGGCAGACUUGAGGCCUCCGUGCCCAGUGUGGGUGGGCAGAUGGGACUUGCUCACACUGCUCCCUUGCCCCUACCCCUCUUCCCUAAGG